AUGCCUGGGCGAUUUACUUCAGAAUGUCUAAUGCGAAGAGAGAACACAGAUUUUAUUACUAGAAUGUCCAUCUGGGAUUACGACAGCGGUUAUCUUUGCAAAUCACAGUUUGUUCGCAAAUCUAUCUGUAUUUUUGGAAUAGAGGAUCUACAGUCUAUUUCAAAAUAUCCACAUUUAAUGGUAAAUAAGAUGUUGCCGGAUUUUGACUACUCUAUCGUUGAGUGCGUUCAUGAACUAAUAUUCAACCGCACAUUUCUUGAACAAGUUGAUAACCCGAUUAUUGCGAAUUAUUAUUCCAACAUGGUUAAUGUUAAAUUCCACAAAAAUCGCAAAAACCCAGAUCCGAACUGUCGACUAGAAUGUGGUUGA